CCCUUUUUAUACAGAAAUAGAGAGGACUCCAAUCCUUUUUCUAAUUCUAAAUUCUAAUCCCAAUCCCCAAAAUUACAGAUAAUAAUCUAAUCCUAUUUGAAAUUGGAAUCUUAAAAUUAAUCUAGUCUUUACACAUCUUCCCUUUUUUAAGGUUAGAUUCAUACCUUCAAAAUAUCAGGACUCCCAAUUUGAAUUGACUUCGAAAAUCUUCUGCGACUCUUGAUAAGGACUUCAAAUCCGAAAAUCUCUUCUUGCGUUGUUGUGGUCUAUCCAAACUUUGAAUGGAUUUAGAGAUAAAUCAAGAAGAAUUUUGUGAAAUUUGGAGAUAGUCGGCAGCAAAAGGAAGAAACGAGAUUUUUUGGGAAGCUAGGGUUCGACAGAACCUUGGGCUUUAUUUUUAUUUCAACUUAUAGCCAUAAAUAGGAAAACCCAACAGAAAAUCAUGAUAAAAAUCAAGUAAGAAUCAACAAAACCCGUCCCGAUGGAGAGCAAGUCAAACUGCAAUUUUGCAAUGAGGAGUGGCGGCGUUGGCUCUUCUGUAAACAGAUUUGCGAUCCUCCCUUGUGUACCACGAACAGAUUUGGUUGCCCUCUCUUGUGCAGACGCGAACAGCUUUGGGUGGCUGCCCGUGUCUUCUGCUUGUGAAUAGCAGAUUUGGCUCUCUCUGUGUCUUGAGAUUUAGGCGGCUGCGUCCUUCCUUCUCAAUGUGCAGAGCAAUUUCGAGUCCCUCCCUUCUCUGGUGAACAACAGAUGUGGGCGGCUGGGUGCUCUUUUCCUCUUGUACAGAACCCUCUCCUGCGUCUGUGUGGCUCUCUCCGUCUCUCUCUGUCUCCUCUGUCUUCUGCCGAGUAGCCUCUAUAUAUAUCAAGAAAUUAGAACCUAGAAC